AUGGGUAAUUGCUGUAGCAACUAACCUGGAUAGGAUAAAACAGAAUAGAUUACAAACAACCCAUAGCCAGUUGAGGAAUAGGAAUAAGAUGCUGAAAUGGGAGCUAAUGAGUAAAAAGCUAGAGAAAACUAUGCUGUGAAUGUUCAUGCAAAGGCUUUUGAUAACUAACGCGAAACAAACAGAGUGCCCACUGAAAAAAGUGUAUAAGAAGAGUAUAAACCUAGUCCAUCUGAUGUAACUUAGCCAGCCACAACUGGACAAGAAAAUGUUAACCCACAUGCUCCUCCUUCUUAAGUAGCAUGGCCAAUUAAAGAAAUUCCCAACUUCUUGAAUGAAAAAGGCAGAAAAACUCUACAAGAGUAAGGUGACUUUAUCUAUGAUGAAGAUGAGGCAGGAGAUUAAGAUUUACCUAAACUUGGUCCUUACUAAUUUGAUAAUGGUUCUGUUUAUGAAGGUUAAUGGAAAAAUGGUUAAAGACACGGCAGAGGAGUUCAAUACUGGUCAGACGGUUCAGUGUAUGAAGGAUAUUGGAGAAAUAACAUGGCAUAAGGCAAAGGUAGAUUGAUUCACAGCGAUGGUGAUGUUUUCAUUGGUAGAUGGAAGGAAGAUAAAGCAAAUGGAAAAGGUAAAUAUCUUCACAUGGAUGGAGCAGUCUAUGAAGGAGAUUGGAUGGAUGAUAAAUAACAUGGAAAAGGAAUUGAAGAGUGGCCUGAUGGUGCUCGUUACGAAGGAGAUUACGUUGAUGGUAAAAAGCAUGGCUAGGGCAAAUUCCAUUGGGCUGAUGGAUCUACUUACGUAGGAGAAUUUUAUAAAAAUAAUAUUCAUGGUAAAGGCUGCUACGACUGGUCAGAUGGCAGAAAAUAUAACGGAGAAUGGAAAAAUAAUAAAAUGGAAGGAAACGGUGUUUUCACCUGGUCUGAUGGACGUAAAUACGAAGGAGAAUAUAAAGAUGAUAAAAAGCACGGUUAUGGUGUCUUCGAAUGGCCUGACAAUAGAACUUACAAAGGUUAUUGGGCUAAUGGACGCCAACAUGGAAAAGGUAUUUAUAUUGGAUCUCAAGGUAUAGAAAAGGAAGGAGAAUGGUGUGAUGGUAAAAGAGUUAAAUGGAUUAAAAAGAAUGAAGAAACUGGUCCUGAGUGA